CGAAAGUCUUAGCGUAGCAAGGCUGUGCUCUCCUCAGCCUCAGCCUUGUCGGAUCCGGCGCAAAUACAACAACCUCCUCGCUCGGUUGAGAUCCACGCAAAACAAACCAUCGAUGCUAUUCCCAUGAGAGGGGUUGAAACUAUAGUCAUGGGUUACAAUCUCUCCGAUCUCCCUGAUUGUUCAAAUGGCACGGCAAUAAACCUCCUCGAAUUAGAGCCAAAUCCUGAUAUCUCCGGGAUUGGAGUUGUGAUAGGUUUUGUCGCUACAGCUUGGGCAAGCCUCAUUGCUAUGGUCUUCCACUACGUGGUUACGCGACAAGAAUCGAACAAUAUGCUGGACAUAUCAAUACACAAAGCCAUACAGAAGAUUCUCAGGAAAGUGCCACCAUAUGAAUGGGCUUCGGUUUCGGAGACUGUUGUACUAGCAAUGAGUGACCAACUGCUAGUGACCGGACUUGCAUUCAUCAUCAGUGGCUAUUUUCAGAUUCAGUAUGGGCUGUCGAUCUAUCAUUGGCAGCUAAUAACAAAGCUUGUUUGGUUUUCUUCGAUCACACACAUUGCAACACUAAUGUGCUUGGAGCAAUACUUUCAGAAACACCGAUACAUCUGGUACGCCAGACUAAUCCUUAUGGCUGGACUGGUCGUUAUGCUCGCGGUAGGGAUUGCUUCCACUGGAGAUUCUCGGUUUAUUGGUACCUUCGGAUAUAUCGCGCAGGCGCCUGCUCGCUGCAUCUUUGAUAUUCAUAACUAUAGCUUCAACUGGCAAGAAAGUUGUACUAUGCUAAUCUCUGAAAUCAUGCUCAUCGUGCUUUUUUAGCGGGGAGCUUAGUACGAUGGCGGACAGCUCUGGUUUGGUGCUGUGGGAAGUCUCAAAGAUCGUGUCGCUGUGUCCAAGCCGUUUCUUUAUCGCUCGUGACUCUUGCCCUGGCUGCGUCUCUCUCUGUGCAAUCUAUACUCGA